AUGAGCACUGAACACCUCAACUUCCACAAAAUUGACGUCUGCUUAUUUGACAUAUUGGGUACCAUCCUUAACUGGCACAGCACAGUCACUCGCCAAGUCACCUGCCUUAGCAAGAGACUGCUUCUUGAAGGCUCACAAGAUGCAGUCAAUUUUGCAGAAGAAUGGAGAGCCGGAUAUUGUGAUCAUGUCAAAAGAGUAUUACAGGAUGGGGAGGGUACUUUCAAUGCAGACAUCAUUCACCAACAAAUAAUGCAUUCUCCAUGUAUACUGGACAAUAUAGACACCAUCCCCAGCCUGACAGAACUCAAACACCACAUCAACAUCCUCACUCUAUCUAAUGGAAACUUCAGAUUACUUCUCGAUCUGGCAAAGAACCAAGGUGUUCCCUGGGAUGGUAUCUUUACAUCCAAACUGUCCAGAUCUUACAAACUGAACAAAAAGGUCUACCAAUCCACAGCAUACCACCUUUAUUUACCUCCUCACAAGAUAGCAAUGGUCACUGUGCACAGGUUUGACCUCAUCACUGCCUCUAGCAUAGGCUUCAAGACAAUGUAUGUACCAUGCCCUACUGAAGAUUUGCAUGAGGUAAGGGAGAGCAUGCAUAGCAAGAAGGACGGUGGUGAGGUGGAUCUUCUUGUUAAAGAUUUUGAGCAGCUGGUGAGGUUGAUAUGUGAAGCUCAAUGAAGUUGAAGCUCGCAGUUGGUACAUACUUU